CCUAUCAUAAGAGUACAGCCAGUGCCACUAGCAAAAAAUGUCUUUCAAAAGGGAAGGAAAUGAUACUAAUCUACUUUCCACAUUAAGAGUAAGGAUUGUGUUUGAAAACUAGUGCUGUUUGUAAAAUACAUCUGAAUUUUAUGGAUUUUCCAUCUGUUUAGAUUAGUGAUUGGAAGUAUCUUAAUUAUUUAUAACUAAUUAAAUUAAUAAUUUUACAGAAGAAACCUACCUAAGUAACAAGUAGUUAUUAGAGUAGCCUACGCCUGUUACAGUUACGGCACGGUUAACGAGUUAAUGCUGACAAACAAGUACACAAUGAUCAUUAUUAGAAAGCGAGAGUUGGUGCAGUCUGGACGUCCUCAAAAAGUUGGUGGGGGCGGGGGGCAAGUGAGGGGUCAGUUUAAAAAAAUGCACAAAUAGUUUAUGAAUGGCAUGGCUAUGGACCAUGGAGAUGGCAAUGACAGUAGACUUAAGUAGACUAGCCUCUGCCUCUACUGCUACUAAACUAGCCUAAAGUUAAAGCAAAGCUGGAGUCAUUUAUUUUUGUAAUGUUAAAAUUAAAUCCAAUAAUAAUUAGUAUUUUAUUAUACUUUAAUUUUAAUACUUCCUUAUUCCUUUCACUUUCAUGUUCUUUGAAUUUGAAAAAACUUGUUUAUUUACAAUUUUUUUUAUUAGGCAUAGGCCAUAGGUCAUCUCACUUAGUCUUAGUGUCUUAGGAUACCAUAAUUGAGGCAUAAUAAAGACUCUUAAUAAUAAUACUAAUUUAGUAAUUUAGUAAUUAAUUACCCUAUGCCCAUGCCAUAGUCAUAGCCCAUUAAUACAUUAACUUAUUAUAUAUUUAAUUGGUUCAGUACAAAUGUAUUGUAUUGAAUGGGUAUGAGUUUGAGCUUGGGUACCUAUUCAGAAUUCAUGAUUCAUAUUUUAUAAAUUUUAUACAAUUUCUUUUAUUUUUUAUACAAUACAUAUUAAAAAAUGAUUUUUUUUUUCCAUUCACGAUUGAAUUGAUUGAUCUGUAAAUAUGGAUUUACAUAAUUUUAACAUUUACUUUACUAAAACAACAUAGACUAGACUAAGUUCAGUAAAAAAAGGGGGAAAGAAACAACCUUAACUUAUCCCAGAAAUAGUUAAAAUUUAUUAGUAAUUAAUUCUGAAAUAUAAUAUACAAAAUAUUAAAAAAAAGAUUUUUCAUAUAUAAACAACAAUACUUCCAUACCGGUACAUUUAAAAAAGAUAUAUAUUUUUUUGUGAGACUUGCAUAAAUUAAAUAGCUGUUUUUGUGGUUAAAUUUAGGCAUUUGACAUGAACAUUUUAAGAUUUAAGCAGAAUUAUUCAAAUACAAAUACGUCUAUUUUUUAAUAUUCAAAAGUUUGUAGUUAAUAAAAAUACAUUUUAAUACAUUAUAAUAACUAAUUUGAAUAGUUUUGUUUUUAAAUUAUUGAAAAUUCUAAAAAAAACUUAAAUAAAUAGAAAAAUAAUAAUAAUUAAGCUAGAGUAGAGUUUACAUGACUAAAUCAGGUCUAAACAAAUACAAACACAGUCUAAGAAUUGUCUAAGCUUAGGGGAUGCUCUACUAACAAUAAACAAUUAUUUUAUUUAGUUAGACAGGAAUGUUUAUCACAUUUAAUUACAGUCUGAUGCUCUUUCUUUUCGAUGCAUUAAAACAGCAUUGAAUUGGGCUCAUGUUCAUUAGUAAAUGUAAAAAAAUGUAGAGUUCCGUAAGUGUUAUUUCCUUCCAGUUAGUGUAGUACUCUUUUUUAUUCUCUAGUGUUGUUUAGCAAAAGCGUUGGUGUAGACACAAAUUUUCGGCAUGAGCUCCUGACAGAUGAAGAGUGUAAAGAAAUUUUCUGUAGACUGAAGACAAUAAAUAAAUUAUUUGUAAAUUGCAGGUUAGCAUGACAUAAAAGAAUAAAAGCAUGAUUUUAUUGAUCUAAGACUUAUGUAACAAUAGCAUAACAGUUAUAUUAUAAUUUAUUAUAUAUUGAUAGGAUAAGAAAAAGUUUUUUUUUUUUUUUUUUUUUUUUUUUUUUUUUUUUUUUUUUUGCAAAAAUAAUUAAUAAUUAUCUAGCAUAAAACUAAAAGCCUAAAUAUUAGGCUUAUAGCCUAUGUAUUAUUCAUUAAUAUUGCAAUUAUAACAAAUAUUAUUAGUUUUUGCAUCUCAUUUCAGACAUUUCUUGUUGCCGGCUUUUCAGAAUCCAGAAUAUGUUUUUCUUUCAGAAAGAAAUUUAGGUAUGGCCUGAGGGGGGUCCCUAGUCAAUAUCUUCAUAUGUUUUUUUCCCCAAGUCUGAGUCAAUUGGCAGUUAAUUAUCUGCACUGAUUAGAUUUUUUAAAAAAAAAUGUUUAAAAUAUAUGAAAUAAACCCCUAAUACUAAUAAAUUAGAGUUAGGCACAAAACAAAAAAACAAAGAAAACUAAAAUCAGCUGAAACUGAAAAACACUUUUUAUUUUCAAAGCAAAAAAAAAAACUCUGGGAAAAUAAAAUUAUUAUUUCAAUAUUGUAGCAUAUAAUUAGGAUCCUAAUUUUUAAUUGCACAAUAUAUUUUGUUGUUAAUUUCAUAGGUCUAAUUGUGUUGAUACCUACGCCUAGAUUUACAUUGUUUGAAACUGUACUUGUGUCUUGUAUUCGUACUGGUAUAAUGGUAUGGAAACAUCCAUGUCUUCAUCCAAUGUUGUUUCAAAAUCAUCAGAAGAAUCAGUUCGGAAGGCAUUUACAUUAAUUUCAGGGCUUUGUAAGCUAAUUUAGACUUUAAAAAUGCUUUUUAUAGAAACAGCCAGCUUAAUUCGUAUGUCAAGAAGAGAAAAAAGUGUCUCGCUCGUUUUCUUUUAAAAACAAAGUUUGUUUUUAAAAAAUUAAAUGUUAUAUAUAUAAAAUUUUAAUUUUUAUAAAUGAAAUCCUUUUACUUUUAAUAACAUUUUUAUUCUAAACUUAAUAAAACUAAUAUUAAAAGAAAUUAGCAAAAACGCCGGUUUUCUUUAUAGUUUGAUUGCACAGAGUUAAGUUAAUGAUUCAUGCUUUGGGGAUUAUCUUAGACUUGGGCUGGGCGCUUUUUUUUUAAGGGGUUAUAAAUAAUUUAAAAAAAAUUGUAUUCAUUACAUUACUAGUUUACACAAAAUGUCAAAUUUUAGGAUCCACCAAGUUGCACCUAUACUUUUUUAGCUUUUGAAGACCCAUUUAUUCUUACAAUUCUGGCGUACAAUGUACGAUUUUGAGGUGUCUUUUACGAUUCUACACCAAGACCUGUCACAACUACGAUUUUAAAAAACCGGGUUGAACAUAGAUACAUUUCUGUAGUUUUUCCAAUUAAAAAAUAAUAAUUGAAGAGUAAAUUUUCAGUCAUUAGUUUUGACCUGCUCUCUACAUCCAGCAGUGAAUGGAUUGAGAAAUACGAUUGGUUUGGGAACCAGAUAUUAUGUUUGCCCGGAGAGGGGAAGGCGGUAGUGUUAAUUUGGGAGAUUUUGUGCACAGGUGUGUCAAGGAAAGGUGUCUAAAUAUUAAAGUCUAUAAAAUUAACCAGAAAUGUCUGCUAUUUUGGCAUCCAGGAAACAAUUUCACAUUCCCACUAAUACUGGUGUUCAUGUGUAGUUUAUCAAUGUGUUAUUAAAAAUAACUGAAUAAAAUAAUAUGAAAUAAAUAAUAAAAAAGAACAUCAAUGUUUUGAUUCUUUUUAUGAAGUCAAAUCACAGUAUUUCCUAACUUGUCGCACAUGCCCCAAAGCACAUGGAAUAAUUUUGAAGAAUAUAUGACAUAAUUUAGUCAAUUUAGCCGGGAUUUUCGGCCCACUGCAGUUUUUUUUCAUGCUAUAUGGUGGCAAAAUUCAUGCCCAUUCUGUUCGCACUAAUAUUAGCUAUGCCACUUCAUUGGAAUAUAGGAAAGGAAUUUAAGUCAAUUUAAGGUUCAAAUGGGAAGGGGGGUAUAUUGUAAAAAAUACUGUGAUGAAUAAAUAGAACAUUUUUAAAAGUUAACCCCCUUUACUGUUUGUCAGAUAUUCCAAUUCAAAUAUUUUUCACUUAUAAUAGGUUUUAUCUUUUAUAUAGGUAUAAUAAUUAUAAUUAUAAUAUUAAUAAUUUUAUAAAGGUUUUAAUAAUAGGUUUUUAAAAAAAAAAUGUUUAAAAUGUUGGCGUCACGCAUGAAUAAGGAUGCAGUGGAAUACAGUGACGAGGCUAGAUAUUAUUGAUUCAAUAUCUAGUGAGAUUUUUGUGAAAAAACAAAGCAACAGUAUGAUGAUCAUUAUGAUACAUUGCAGUAAUAUUUUGAUACCCUUUUUGAACAUAAUUACUAAUCAUCGAUUUCACAGAGUUUAAGAUUUAGGUGAUAGUUGGCUUUAUUAGAUGUAGCACACAUUCCCCCUGCGAAAACUUUGCUUGACCUAAAUUAGAUCCCUAGCAGACGGUAGCGUUUGUUGUGGGCGUGGUUUAAAUUCUCAUUGAUGUAUCUUGUUCACAACCACUGCCAAUUACACAUUGGUUAGUAUGUCUCCUGGUAUCUUGUCAAAUCUUCCCGAUAACCUGAGAAAUGUAAACAACACGUAAUAAUUCUUUUCUGGAAGCGUCUUACGCUACAUGUAUAUAAGGGUUUGACAGAUACGGAGAGACAGAGAUUCAGAUAGAUGGAUAGAUUUUUAACUUUACGAGACCUGUAUUAUUCUUUGUGUAUUUGUGUGCUCGCAUGUGUUUAUUUCGUAUUUGAUCAUUAUUCAUUUGGCACAUUAUACAAACUGUGUACCGGUACAAGAUCUACCAUACUGUAAGUUGAUGAUUUGUAAUGAUAUUUCUUUGCUUUUGUAAUUCCAUUAAUACUUAAUAAAUCUUAUUAAUUGUGGGUUUUGGGUGUCGUAUCUUUAAUAUUGUUGACUCUAUGGUAUCGUCCUUUGUUAGGCACUGUUUACAACGAACCAAUUAAAAUUAAAAUAGGAGAUUAAUUUCUCAUAUUAGAAACCAGUGCGUAACAUUAGAGAUAUUAAUAUAUUUAUUAUUAUGAUAAUUAUUGCAGAAAUUGUACAUUCUAUCCUGUGAUCCCCCUGCCUAUAACAGACCUAUGAGGGCAGAAUCUCCAAAAUCAAAAACCUCCCAUACCCUCUCAGUGCAUAAGUUAUAUAUAACAAGCCUAAAAUCACUUAAAAACAAAAAAUAUUUGCAAAUAAUUAUUAAUACCUGAACUUUAAUCUGAUACUUAAAACAAUAGGCAGUAAUGAUAGUGUCUAAUAGCCUUUCCCCUUUAGGGGCCAUCCAUAAAUUACGUCAUGCAAGUUAUGUCAAUCCCCCCACCCCCUCCCCCCAUAUAAUCGUGAAAAAUCCUUCUGCCCCCUACUGUCUUUUACAAACCCUUAAAUAAAAUCACAUCCCACGGAUAUUUAUUUAUUGAUUUAUUUAGGCAUUUUUGAAUAGCGCUUACCUUACAGUAAGUUACAGCUCUAAGCGCUUUACAAUUAUUAAAAAUAUGUAAACUAUUUAAACUGCUAAAGUAAAAUAAAAAUGAAACACAACUUACUGCACCUGUGUCAGAGUCAGAAACAUUUCCCUAGAACAGUGGUUCUUAAAAACAGGAGUGAAAGUACCCUCUGUGGUGUGAAAGACCCAGAAAUUAAAUUUCAUUUUCUACCAUCGCUAGUUUUUCCUACUUUUAACAAUAAAAUUAGUUUUGAUUAGCAGUAGUAAAUUAGUUUUUUUACAAGUAAAUUUUGUUUUUUCUAGUAAAUUUUGUUUGGGCAUUACUUGUAUUGGUAUUUUUGUCAUAUUUCUAGGAAGUUAAUCAAACAAAUGAAACUACAAUAAAUAAAUAUUUCAUUAUGUUCAUUUUUAAAAUUUUAUUACAAUAUAACUUAUAUUUUAUAUGGGGUGGAGGGGUUGUGGGAAAUAUUUUAAAACUAAUAGUGGAUGCAAUGCUGCAAAAAGGUUAAGCUAAAGCAUCCAUGCCCUGGAACAUUUAUUAAGAUCACACACCUUCUCCAGUGUCAAACAUUUUUCGUUCCAUCUCACUUCAUGUGGUAGCCUAUGACUCCAAUCUCUACAUUGCGACAUAAAUUCUCACAACUGUCCAAGUCACUACACCCUUAUUCUCCUCCUCCAUGUAGUCCUGUAACUUGAUCAGGUGUCAUUUCUGGAACCUCACAUACGAGUACCGGCUCUCUAGUUUAAAAAUAAAAUAAUUAUAAUUUUUGUAUAAAAAUACAGGUACCGGUACCGGCAAUGUUAAAAAUGGCUAUAAUCUAGUGUUAAGUGCAAUUUUUUUUUCAAGAAUAUUCUCUUUUCUUGUGACAUCACACAGCUUAACCCCCCCCUCCCCCUCACAAAAUGUGCCCCCCCCCCCCCUUUUCACCCCUAGAUGCAUGACAUCAUUUAUGGAUGGCCCUUUGUAAUACUUUUUUAUAUGAUUACUGGUAUGGUAUAUAAAAUCCCCAUCAUUCCUGCUGCCUUAUCAAGAGUCAUUAGGUAAUUGAGAUAGCUUUUCCCUAAUAAAUUAUAAUUACUGUAAUACUAACUGUCAAUGAAGUAAGUAGAUAGCACUCAGUUGUCAUUGGUAGUUAUCAUGGCUUAACUGAUGGAGGGCAGGUGGAAAAAUGUUGCCACCCCCUCUAGUAGCUUUUCUUUCAACCGAUUUGAAGUUUGAUACCAUUUAUUGUUGGGAGAAUGAAUAUUUUACAGUUUUCUAUACAUCGUUCUUUCUCAAAGAGGAUUUAAAGGGAAGGGGGCGCUAUUAUUAGUUUGUGUAAUAAACAGAUGGUCCCUAACUUUUAAAUUGUUCAUGAAUAACCUCAAAGGUUUCUGCUGGAAAAAAUGUGACUCGAUAGGCCUAAACAAACAAAAAACUUUUUAACCCUUAAAAAUAAAUUGAAAUUAGGCCUUGUAUUCCACAGAAAAGAAGAAUAAAAGAGCUUUUAAGUGAAGACAUUCCAGAAGAUGAGGCUAAACUGUUAUGCAAUGGAAGGUAAGCAGUUUGAAAAUACAUUAGUGUGUCAUCAUUGUUCAUCUAAACUCUUCUUUUUGUUUUAACUAGAUAAUGAUAGUAGUAGUAGUGUACCGGUACAAAUUUAAAAUAUUAAUUAGUUUUUAAUGGCAUUUACUUACUAUUACAUAUCACAGGAAUUUUGUUUGUUAUGCCAUUUUGCUUUUAGUUUGUAUCCCUAACUUGUUGGAUCUUAUGUUAUCUUUUAGUGGAGUUCAUGUUAAUCUUUUAAUAUUUUGUUUUAAAUUAGGUUUGCCUGCACAGUCUGUCAACAUAAUCCUAUUUUCGACACGGUUAACAUGCUAUCCAUUCACCGCAAUGGAAAAAAGCAUCUUUUUUGUAAGAAAUUUUUUUUUAAAUUUAAAUUUCAUUAAUAUUUAUCGCCUGGCUGAGAAAUUGUAUUGUAUUACUAGUAUUAGUAUUAAAAUAGUCGUAUCUAGUUGAUUUUACUUACACUACCAGACCUGUUUACUCUUACGAUUUUGGCGUACAAUGUACGAUUUUGAGGUGUACCUGUAAACAUUAUAUAUGCUGUGUGUUUUUUACUACCAGUAUUAAGUUAAUGUAUUGAACGAUUUUAUGGUGAUAUUGUACAAUUUAAAGAGUUGGAGGGUAAACAGAUCUGCACUACUUACCGUACCAUACAUCCAUUCCUGAAAUAUUAUAACAGUUGUUUCAAAACAUUUCAUUUUUAUCAUAUGUGUGGAAAUAAAUUAAAAACCGUCUUGUUUAAAUUUUAAUUCCAUUUAUACCGGUAAUGAAAUUAUUCCAUUGUUUCUUCUUUUCUUGUAGGCUAUGAAAUUUUCAUGAAUAAAAAGAAGGAAUUAAAAAAUCUCAUAGCGAUAAGGAAACAGGAGCUAUUUCUAAAAGAUGGAUCAACAGCUAUAAACACUGUCAGUGUCAGUUUUUUGUCAUGCAUCAAAAUUUUCUCUAUUAAUUUUAUAACAUAAAUAUUAAAACUAAAUUUUGCACUUUUAUUUUCAAAUAUUUAUUUUAAUAAGUCUUUUUUCUAUAAUUUGCAAUGAAGAGAGCAUGUACCAUUACUAAACUAAAAGCUAUAUGAAAAAUACUUCCCUAAAUUGUUGAAUGGGGAAAUUUUGUCCCCUGUUAAGUAUCUGUCUCUUUUUAAUUUAGUGCAGCUUUUGAUAUAAAAUAAAAAAUACUAUUAUUUUUUUAGAAGUGACUCACUUAAUUUACUAUAACUGUAAAAUGUUUUGUUAAUAAAACUUAUUAAGUAAAAUAUACAUUUGUACAAGCAGCCUUACUGGAAAUUUUAUUUUUCUUAAAUUUAAAUGAAUGUACCUAGUACCAGGUACCGGUACUGAAAUACUUGGUAAUAAAUAAAAAGUUUAUGUUUGUAACAAAGAAAGUUUGAAAAAUUAAAAUGUUAAUCAACCAAGGCUGAGCCUUUCUAAAAGUGUUCUCUAUUUAUAAUAAAAUAAAUUUGUACAGUCGCUAAUGUUUGAAAAUUUUGUUCCUUUAACACAGGCUAAAGAAGAUUUCAAAGGAAUUCUGACUUCAAGCCCCUAUGAUUCUAGAGUUAAAAAAUCCAAAGUUAGAAACAGUGAAGCCACCAAUUCAUCAAAAGAUGUCACAAAAUCAAAAACAGAUAUUUCUGGUUGUUCCUCUCAUUGGGCGAAUAUGUGCAAAAAUCAAAUUUCAGGUCCAGUGAUGCAUGACUAUAAACUAAAAAGUAUAUUUGAAAGGCAAACAGAAACCCCUGUAAGGAUUGUGCCUUAUCAAUCAAAGCAUAUGCUUAAUUUAAAGACUUCAUGUAUGCAAUCCAAAGAUGCACACCAUGUCCAAAUUAAAUUUACCACAGCCAGUAAACCAGCGUAUGAACAAAAUGAUAUACCAUCACAAACAAUUAAUUCAAAUGUAAGACUUGAUUCAUCUCAAACUUCUGCUGCAACUGGUCAAACAUCAAGCAAACAUACAGACUCUGUGAAAAGUAAAAGUCAUCCUACCUCAACUUCAUCAAAGCAUUCAAUGUAUGCUAACAAGACAUUUAAAAGCCAAUCACAAAAGAACAUUAAGUCCCAAAAAUUGAAGCAGGAUUUAUGUAAAAAAUUCAGUCCAAAAAUAACAGAGCAGGCAUCUGUCACUCAUAAAUUAAGGCAGCUGCAAGGGUAAGUUCGUGGUGAAUAAGAUUAAGAAUUCAUAUUUUUAUAAUUAGUAAUAACUGGUACUCAUAAUAUAGUUUGACUUUAGAUUUAGAGUAAAUAGAACUAGUCUGAAAAGCUCUUACUUUAAUCUUUUUCCGUAAAGAUUGAUCCUAAUUAAAUUUUUAUUUACCGUGUACCUGGUAAAUGUGGUUAUAGUUUUGGAGGUACUGGUACCAGUAGCUGUAGUUGGAUCUUAAGUUGUUGAGUUUAUUGAGGUGCUACAUGUCUUUCCCAUAUAUACCGGUACUUUGAUGCAAUUGUAACCUCUUUUUAAAAAAAAAUACAAAAUUAAGCUACUUUUAUUUUUAAUAACCAGCAGCAUAAGGGGACAUCCAUAUUCAUAUAGUCAUAUAGUACUUACCAGGUGCACACUGAGAGUGGGGUUCUUGAUUUUGCCUACACAUGCAUGACAGGGGGGUGGGGUGCAGAAAAGACAUACUCAUACAUUUAUUCCCAAAUUCUACUAAAAUCAUUCUGAAACUCUCAACAGUCCACAAAUAGCAUAGUUAUACCUAAUGCUGUAAACAUAUCAGUCAUAAUGGUACCAGUACCUUUCACAAAUGAACUCGCUUGAUAAUUGAUAUGCCUCGAAUUGUACUCGGCAUUAUUCAGUAAUAUUUUUAGCACAUUCCUCUUGCUGUCCUCUCGGAUAACACGUUAAAGUUAAAUGUUACUUUUAUUUACUCAAUUCUGUUUUUACUGUUUGUUCGCUGAUAAAGGUUUUAGUGAUGGGACGAUUAAUCGGAAUCGUAUCGGAAUAAUCGAAAUAUCGGGAUUUUUCCAAAGCAUCAGGGAAUCGGUAUCGGAGCUGAAUAAUUCAGACCCGAUUCCGAUAUUCUUAACUGAUUAACUGCCGUAAGCCAGUGACAGCGCAAAGUUUGUUUCGCAUUAUAUUCUUUUUGUUCCAAAUAGCAUAUUGUAAGGCUUCAAUAGCAAGUUAAUAAACUUUUCUAAUCAAUGCUCAUAUUAAUUAAAUAUGUUAAUACCUGGGCACAGUAAUACAUAUAUGUAAUAAUGGCCAGGAAUGGGAAUUGUAUCGGAAUCGUUAAAAAUUUUGGUAUUGUCCCAUCACUAGUUUUCUUGUGGACAUGUUCAUCGUUUUGUUGCGCUCUUUUUUUCCAGGUUCUCCCAUACCCGUACUUCGUUUCAUUUCACUCAUUUCCAGUACUGGUAAUAUUAAGUCCACUCUAUCUUCAACGUGCGUGUGACGUAUAUUUUUACCGGUACAUCAGUUGACUCCUGGUGCUCUUGCCGAAUUUAGGUUUUCAACAGGCACCUGGUGAUAAAUUCUAACCACACCUCAAAAUAGCGAAUAUAUAAACAAAUUAAAAUGUGGGUGAAAAUAAACGUAACAAUAAGUAUCAUCUAGAAACAGUACUGGUAGCUACUCAAGCAGGUUACUAGAGUUACUGAUACUGUUUGCACCACCGGCAUUAGAUGUUCAUUGGAUUAAUUAAUGAAUGUAGAGAUAAAAUUAUGAAAUUGAGGAAGCCGAAGUAACCCAGGACAGGGCCAUGCCGUGGAAAAGUGGGGCCUGGUGUUAUUCGGCUCUCGCCACUUCUGGGGACAACAGCCCUAGUCCCUCAAUUCUCAUGGCUCUGCUGGAGGGCAAUGUGGCACACACAGCGUAUGCUCUAGGAACCACUGAGCUUAUUUUGUACCAGUAUGUCCAACAUACUAUCACUAUAUUUUGUUAUAUAUGGAUGGCCUCAAUGAGAUUUCAUUUAUAAUUAUUUCUAUUCUAAUUCUAAUCUCUUUUAGUUUUAGUACUGGUGAUCUUAGCUUAAUUUUAACACCUUGUAAUUUUUACAGGUCUGGUUGGAAAAGGGACUGGGAUGGUAAAUGGAUAAAAGAUGAAACUGCUGAAUUUGAUUCCGAUGAGGAACCUCCAGAUAUUCCAUUUCAGAUUGCACUCUUGUAACUAAUGUGAUUAUAAAUGCACAGUGAAUUAUUUUAUGUGAAACACUGGUGGUAUUUUGAUAAUACAUUAUAUUUUGAAUAUUUUUAUUGGGUUAAUUAAUGAACCAUAAUCUUUUCUAUUUUGUAGCAUUCUUACAAAAUAAUUUCCUUUUGCAAAUGAAUGAGACACUGAGUUUACAUGCAUGUUAUCCCUUAAAUGAAGGCUUCUUAAUUAAAAAUACAUUUAUUUUUAGAACAUCUCAAAAUUGUACAAUUAUCAAACAUUUUAAAAGUGCAACAAUGUAAUGUUAUGUGAAUUUUUAGCUUCCCACAAGUGUUGAGGUAUAUUUCUUUCUAUUAAUAUUUUAAUACAAAUAAUACAGGUAAAUAAAUACCAUUUGUUUGUAAAUUUCAAUUUUAAGUUUUGAUUUUUCGAUUUACAUUGCACAGCACUGGUAUUCAUUUUUAAAAAAGCAAUUAAGUUCUUUGCUGAAUACAAAGAAUGCUUGCCUUGAGAUCCUCUUUAUCUGAAAAGUUCAGCAAAGCAAUCUCAUUGAAAUCUGUUUUUGGUGUUGUUUUAAAAAUCACAGGUAUCGGUACCCAAUACUCUUAAAACUCCCUAUGGAUUGGAUACCAUGUGUCAAGAAAAUUAAAUCAAAUGGCUGCAGUGGUGCUGCAAUGAGAAAUAAAGUUUUUAUUCUGUACCGGUACAGUAGAAUAUUGUGAUUUUUAUCUGACUGGUAAUUGGUUUGUAAUUUUCAGUACUUUUACUUAGAUUAAAAAAUUGAUUUUUUUUAGUCAAAAGGCAUAUACCGGUAUCAUUAAUAUCAAUUUUUAAAAAAGCUAUGAUUUCAGGGUAAAUUUGAGGAAAGGCAUCUUGGGAAAACCUGGACCCAGCAGCAAUAGUGCAGCGAUUUGAAAAAUUUCAGUACAUGUCUCUGAUU